CCUUGAUAUUGUAGCCGUGGGAAUUACAUGAAAGCCUAACUAUUUUACGGCCAAAGAUGAUCAUCUAUACUACGAGAAAUUUGAUCUGUUCGUAGCUAGCCUAUAUAUUCAAACGUUCAUGCUCCGCACCUUUUCCCGUCGCCAUUGUUUCUCCCUUGCGUUCUAAAUUCUCUCCGUUCUUCCUGGGUCCACUCUUCCUAUAAUGAGGGUGCAAUGGAAAGGUAGCGAAGCCGGCCAGGAAGCGCUCGUGCCUGCUCGAGCUCCGAGUAGUGCCAGUGUGUGAACUCUGCAAGCGCUCAUAGCCUAUCACAGGAUUCGGCGCAUGGUCCACACCUGGCACAUGGUCUGUACCCAACCCUGCCGCAAUUCAGCGCAAACUUGAAGGAGGCUUUUUUCUAACUCGAAUCAAGAAUUAGGAUGGCAAACCAUAUCCACACCUUAACCGCUCCCUGUGCUAUCCAUAUCUCUGGCAUCUCCAUCGAUUUUAGCCUUUCGGAAAAGAAUGUAGAGUCUGCUGAGGCACGGAUCGGCAAAUCAUCGAGGCCAAUUGAUCACAAUGCAGGAAAGACUAUGCGCCAGACGUUUUACCCACCAAUCAAGAUUUCUCUGGGAGAUACGUUUUCCUUACGUUUACGGUACAAGAAACGAUUUCGAAAGAGCCAUGAAGACAUUCAUUUCGAUCUGGAUGAAAUACCUCGCAGACCUGAUGCAAGACAAGAAUACCGUAAGUCUCAUGACAACAUCAAGAUCGUAGUUAUACUUGCCGGAAACACAAUAAUCGAGCACGUAGAGCAGCCUGGUUCUACCUCAGAUACAACACUGGAGCUCCAGCCCACAACCGACGAGAUAGUCCAGAUUUGUCCUCGGUUCCGAAUUCUAGUGAUAGGAAAGACCGGUGUUGGCAAAUCUUCGCUCAUCAACCGUGCCUUCGGAGUACACGAAGCGAUCGCUUCGACUCAUAAGCCAGGCGAGGCCGACAUCGACCACGAGUUUAUCUCACCACAGAACGACAGGUUUGUUCUUCACGAUAGCAAGGGUUUUGAACCAGGCGACGAAGGCAACGUGAACAUAGUUCAAGGUUUCAUCGAACGUCGAAGAGAGAUGUCUUUGGAAGAUCAGCUACAUGCUGUUUGGCUUUGCUUUGAAAUACCCCGCGCAGGCGGGCGUUUACUGGAGACGGGCACGGAGGAAUUCUUGGCAUUGAAGCGUAGUGGAAAGCUGGGAAAUAUUCCUGUCGUCGUUGUUUUCACUAAAUACGAUAGGUUCAUCAACCGCGUCAAUCGUACUCUGAAUGAAUCAUCUCUCGUGGGAUUGAGCUCCAAUGCCGUCAAGGAACUCAUCAAGAACAAAGCGGACGCUGAGUUGAAGGAAAUCUGCAUCGGACCCCUAGAAAAAUUUGCAGGGUUGGAUGUUCCGCAUGCCACGGUCUCCACAAACAAGGAGCAUGCAGAAACGCUGGCUCGUCUAAUCCAGAUAACAGAAGAGCGUGUUUAUAAGCAUGUUGCAGCCGAGGCGUCGGUGAUGACUUCCAUGGCCCAGCGAGUGGACCCUGGACUCAAAAUAAAAGCAUCAAUUGAGGUUGGCAAGAGAAGAUAUUGGAAGGCACUAGCAUCUUGCGCAGCAUUUCAGGACCGUAGGACGUCGGACUGCCUGCAUGUGCUUCACACUGACAUUGUCAGAGUGUGGAACUUCCAUGACCCUCACGGUUACUUGGGCAGCCACGAAUUCAGAACUAUGGUGGUGAAUAUGGUUGACAAGCUAGAUGUUGGAUCCCCUACCAAUCCUGACAGGACCAUGGCUGCUGGACUAUCUACGGUGGGAGCCGUUGCAGGCAUCUUGGCUGUCCUGGCGGGACCUGCAGCUCCUAUCGUAUUGCCGAUAGUAGCAAGUGUGGUGAUCGCGAAAUGGGCUUACGACGUGUACAAGCUGUCCGGCGUGGUGCUCCAGCGCUUUAUAGCGUACAUUGUCGAUUUGACCCUUGUGCUGCAGAUACUUCAUCUUGUGUCGGACGGCCAGGAACUGUCUCGUAGAGUUAUCAAACUCGCGGUCGCUGCGUAUUAUAAAUCACCGAUAAGCGGAGAUGUCCAUAAUCGGAUUCAGGAAUACGGUAGGACAUUGACGCUCCUAGAACGCGCAGACCGCGAUACCUUGCGUAAAAUCAUCGAGUUGAUGGAAUUGUAUCGCAUCGACGCGAAGGAAAUUUCUGAUGUUCGGGCACAGAUUCCGACUGUCGAUUCAAUUCCGGAUGAGCCAUGGUGAAAUGCAUCUACAGGGUAUGGUUUUACCGCGUGGGCGGGUGUUGCGAGAUUGCAGCUCUGUUAUCAUUUACUGGAAUUCCGCUUAGCCUAUACCAGAGUGCCCUCGAAUUCAAACCUACAAUUUGACCUUUGUAUCACAUAUUGGACUAUGGCUUUGAUCUAUAGCUGCAUAGCAGACUCUAUGAUGCACUCCGCCUCGCCUUGUUUUCAUAUCGCAAAUUUCCUGAAGGCCGCCUCCAUCAUGCAUUAAGCUCUUUUGGAAUUCCUUUUGACUUCCAUCAAAUCAGGAGCUUGAAGGUGUGGACUGUGGACGUCGUCCUCCUGUCAAUCGUUUUGUAGCACCUUACGUACCGGGCAAUCUCUCAUCCAGC